GUUACCGAAACUUUCUCCACGGUAGUGUUACUUGAGAAGAACUCAAGAACAAGUAAUUAGCAGAGAAACGAAACCACUGGGUUAAUUUGAAUCGCACUUCUUAAUCCCCGGCUGCCGUCCUGUUCUCUCACUGGCUCUGGCUGUUAAACAUUCUAGACGGAGUGGAAAGUGGAAACUCUCUUUUAGUUUUAGAGAGUAAGAAGCUAAAUAAAUUGAACAUUUCAAUUUGAUUUAGGGUUGGAAAUCAGAGAGAGAGGAAGAUGGUGAACUCAUCGGUGGUGAACACCUAUCCUCUGUCGAGCUAUACAUUCGGGACCAAAGAGCCAAAAAUGGAGAAAGAUACUUCCGUCGCUGAUCGUCUCGCUCGCAUGAAAGUCAACUAUAUGAAAGAGGGCAUGAGGACAAGUGUUGAAGCAAUUUUGCUGGUACAGGAGCAUAAUCAUCCUCAUAUAUUACUACUGCAAAUUGGAAAUACAUUCUGCAAACUGCCUGGCGGACGUCUAAAGCCAGGAGAGAAUGAAAUUGAAGGGUUGAAAAGAAAAUUGACCAGCAAGCUUGGUGCUAAUUCACCUGCUCUUGUGCCAGACUGGAAGAUUGGUGAGUGUGUGGCCAUCUGGUGGAGGCCAAACUUUGAGACCAUCAUGUAUCCGUAUUGCCCUCCCCACAUAACAAAGCCUAAGGAGUGUAAGAAGCUUUUCCUUGUUCAAUUGUCUGAAAGAGAGUACUUUGCAGUGCCCAAAAAUUUAAAACUUCUUGCUGUCCCAUUGUUUGAACUCUAUGACAAUGUGCAGAGAUAUGGCCCAGUUAUAUCAACCAUUCCUCAACAACUUUCCAGAUUCCAGUUCAACAUGAUUACUACAUGAAUGUAAACGGAUUUCAAGAGCUUACACCUUCAAUUUAGUGCUUGGAGUCCUAAAGGCUACAGACAGUAUAGCAUGAUUCUGAUAGUGGAUAAUAUGCUACACAAGUUAAUGGUACUUCAUAACAGAACUUUUUAUGUUGGUUGACUAAGUAUCCGGGGUUGUGGAUGAUUGUCAUGAACCCACCUAUUUGUAUAUGGUGGAAUUGUACUUUUUCUGGAUGGAGUUUAUUUAUGAGUUUAGAUUCCCUGUUCAUGAGAUCUGUCACAAUUAAUUUAGGAUUUUGCACAGUUGAGACUUGGUCUGCUAAUGUAAGAAUUCUAUGUGUUUGUAUUUCCUGGCUGUUUUGCAGAGUUAAUGCUGCUGCCAUUGUAUGAGUAGUGAAAUUAUAGGGAAUGACAAAUUACUGUCGUAUUUAUUUGAAACAUAAAUUUUGGUACCAUGCAAUGUUUAGUCA